AGCAAGUUACCAGACGAGGCCGCGACAACAGGUGCCGAGCGCCAUGGCUGACCAAGACGUGAUCGAAGUCAAUUCGCUUCUCGAGUCUGGGCUGGUGACCCGGGAGAGGGUUCGGGCGGUGCUGGAGGAGGCGCGCGCGGCGUGGGAGGCCGAGGCCGCCCGGGAUGCUGCCGGGAGCCGAGGAGGGCAAGAGGCGGCCAGCGGAGCAGCCGAGCGCGAGGCGGUGAUCCUGGAGAGCGGCAGCCUCCAUUUUGAGAAGCACUACAUUUCGCAGACCGAUGCGCGGAUGACGGUGACGUUCCCGCUCAAGGAGGAGGUGGCGGUGCCGGCCGAGGAGGCGGUGAGCGCGCAGUUUACGCCGACGUCAGCAGCGGUGACGCUCCGCGGCUACCGCGGGCGCGAAUUCCAGUACGUAGUGCGGCAGCUGUGCGAGCGGAUCGUGCCGGACGAGUCGAGUGCCGUGCUGCGGACGUCGCGAAACGGGCAGCAAAAGCUGGUGGUGCGGCUGGCCAAGGCUGAGCGCGGCGUCGAGUGGUCCGGCGUGAGCGACGAGAAGAAGCGUAAGUCGGAGGAGCACCGGGCGCUCGCCGAGUCGGGCGCCACGACGAUGGAGCUCAUCCAGUCGAUGUACCGCAACGCGUCCGACGAGGACCGUGCAUCGCUGGCCAAAGCCAUGGCCGAGGGCCAGCGCAAGCGCGAGGAGCGGGCGCGAGCACGGGCGUAGCAGCGGGCGCGGCACGAGAGACUGGCCUACUAGUCAAAGUCGAAGCGGACCUUGACCACGUAGCGGAUUUUGACCUUAUCUUCGGCGUAGACGAUAAACUCGUUGUAUAGCA